AUGGAAAGUAUAUUAAAUAAAAGUGACUUUUGGCAAUUCAACGAAACCUGGCGGAACUCAAGCUUUGGCAAUGGGACCGGCGGGAUGAAUCAGACGAACCCCCUGAAGCGGAAUGAAGAGGUGGCGAAGGUGGAGGUGACUGUGCUUGCCCUGGUGCUGUUUCUGGCACUGGCUGGGAACCUGUGCGUCCUGCUGGCCAUCCACACCACUAAGCACAGUCAGUCUCGAAUGUAUUACUUCAUGAAACACCUCAGCAUCGCCGAUUUAGUUGUGGCGAUAUUUCAAGUUCUCCCUCAGCUUAUCUGGGACAUUACAUUUCGGUUCUAUGGACCGGACAUUCUGUGCAGGUUGGUGAAGUACCUACAGGUCGUUGGGAUGUUCGCCUCCACGUACAUGCUCGUUUUGAUGUCCGUGGAUAGGUGCUUAGCGAUUUGUCAGCCGCUUCGCUCUCUGCACAAAAGAAAAGACCGUUUUUAUGUGAUAUUCUCCUGGGCGCUGAGCUUGCUGUUCAGUAUCCCACAGAUGUACAUCUUUUCCCUGAGGGAGGUCGGGUCAGCUGGAUCUGGAGUGUAUGACUGCUGGGGUGACUUCGUGCAGCCUUGGGGAGCCAAAGCUUACAUCACCUGGAUCAGUCUCGCCAUUUAUAUCGUUCCAGUGGCCAUUCUGAGCAUUUGCUAUGGGUUAAUAAGCUUCAAAAUAUGGCAAAAUUUUAAACUGAAAACUAAGCGAGACCAGUGUAUCAGCCUUACGCCCAAGACCUCAAAUUGUAGCACACUCGCCCGUGUGAGCAGCGUCAAGCUCAUCUCCAAAGCGAAAAUAACUACAGUGAAAAUGACUUUUGUGAUCGUCUUGGCUUAUAUCAUCUGCUGGACCCCUUUUUUCUCCGUUCAGAUGUGGUCGGCGUGGGAUCCAGCAGCGCCCCGUGAGGCCAUGCCCUUCAUCAUCUCCAUGCUGUUGGCCAGCCUCAACAGCUGCUGCAACCCUUGGAUCUACAUGUGCUUCGCUGGACAUCUGUUCCAGGACCUUAGGCAGAACUUUAUUUGCUGUUCGGCACGCUACCUCAAGUCCUCCCAAUGCCAUUUUGAGCAUGACUUUGACUCCAGCCACAAAAGCAACUCCUCCACUUUUGCCAUCAAGAGCACUAGCAGUCAGAGGAGCAUCACACAAACCUCCACCACAUAAACACCUAGCACCUGUCCCUGUGCGCCUCCUUCUCUCCUGUCCACCACGCCGCACACCGCAUGCCUCCCACAUGCCCCCACA